GUUGAAUACCGUGGUUAACAAAUGGCGGCCACAGAAGUGUUCAAUUUCAAAAACUUGCAAACUUCAUUCAGUGCGGCAGUGAAGCUCACGAUUAAACAGCAAGACUUUCAGAUCAUUAGAAAGGAUUAUGAAAAAUACAAAAUUAGUGAUGCCGAUAAAAAGAUGGCUAUGGAUUUUGCCCUUAGAGAUUCUAUGAAAGAAUUGCUAUUUGAAAAGACAAAUAGUGAAACGUUAACUAGUUUAUUAAAUCUCUGCGUCGAGUGCGUUAGUUUAGAUCUCUGUACAACUCCAACACCUUUUAUUGUUCUGUCGGAUGUUUUUGAUACACUCAGACUUAAGGAUUGUGAAGAAAUAUUUUUAUUUGUUGAAUCAAAAGUUGGUACAUGGAAAAUGGCUCCAUUCUUUUCCGCUGGAAGGAAUUAUUUAUUAAGAAUGUGUAAUGAUCUUCUUCGACGUCUUUCAAGAUCACAAAAUACAGUAUUCUGUGGAAGAAUACAAUUAUUUUUAGCAAGAUUAUUUCCAUUAGACGAAAGAUCAGGUCUCAAUUUAACUGGCUUAUUUAAUCUUGAAAAUUUAACAAAAUUUACCACAAACUCUGAACAGUAUAACAAAAGUAGGGAACAGAUGGAAUUAACUGAAAAAGAAAGGCAUGAGAAUAUGGAUGUAGAAGAAGGAGAAAUGGAGAAUGAUGAACACUUAACGAUACCGGUUGACUAUAACUUGUAUAAUAAAUUUUGGUCUUUACAAGACUUUUUUAGAAGACCAAAUUCAUGUUUAGAUAAAAUUCAAUGGAAUAAAUUUUUAGAUUAUGCAAAAACAACUUUAAGUUGUUUUGAAAGUUAUAAAUUAGAUGAUACAAAAACAUCUAAACGUCAAGAAGAAGCUUUUCAAAGUUAUUUUGCCAAAUAUCUUACGAGUGAAAAACUGUUAGAUUUACAAUUGUCGGAUGGAACCUUUCGACGAUAUGUUCUUGUACAAUUUCUCGUUUUAUUUCAAUAUUUAACAGCUGAUGUAAAAUUCAAAAGUAAAGAUACUUUAAUGGAUUCUCAAAUGAAUUCAAUAAGAGAUAACACGAAAAAAGUUUAUCAACUACUCAGAGAAACCCCACCUGAUGGAGAAGCAUUUGCCAGUACUAUAAAGCAUCUAAUAGAAAGAGAACAUCUAUGGAACGAGUGGAAAAAUGGAAAUUGUCAAUCAUUUUCAACUGCGUUUGAUGAAUCUAAUAUAAAAAUCAGACAACAACGUAUUCGAAAAAGAAGUGUUGGAGAAGAUAUGAAAGUUAACAAAAGAAUGAAGAUGGGUAAUGCAGAAUUAACUCGAUUGUGGAAUUUACAACCAGAUAAUAUGGCGGCGUGUGUCUCGUCUGAAAGGAAUUUUAAUCCAACUUUAUUGGAAUUCUUUGAGGAAGCCAUUGAACAAGCUGAUCCUGAAAAUCAGAUUGAUAGGGAAUAUCAUCAUGUGACUAAGCCAACAUUCCAAUGGCGAGCCCUACGGCUCCUUGGACAAAACUCAGGGACACUUUUCCCUUCAAGUAACCCUCAAAAGAUUCAACCACUUGACGUCUUUUUAGAAGAGACGGCUAAAAAUGUUGUUAAAAAGACUCAACCGGUCGUUUCAGAAGAAGUCAAGACAGAGGUAAUUGAAGAGGUAGAAUCUCUAAAGGACGAUCAUGUUGGUGAUCUAGGCGAUGACAAGGGAGGUGAAAACAGUGGUGAUAUAGAGUUAUCUAGAGAGCUUAUUUUAGCCAUUGCCCACGACCUUGGCAGUGAAUGGAAACAGUUGGCAGUUGAACUGGGUGUCUCUGAUGCGGAAAUUGCAGAGGAAGGAGAGGAAAAGGAAGCUUUUGAAUACGCUGAAGAAAUGAUCCUUAAGUGGAUGGAAAACGAAGACGAUAAAGCUACUGCUAGUGCUUUAGAAAGCGAGUUACGCGAAUUAGGAAUGACCGUUAUAGCCGAUAAACAUUUCCCUCCGAAAAAUGAUACAUAAACCAAACUACAGUAUAUCAUUGAAAUAUUCUCGUGUUGAAAAAUAAACAAGCUUUAAUCUUAAUCGAACAAGCCGAAUCCCAUAUCGUCAUCAGAUUCAUCCGAUUCUUCCUUUUUUUUCGCUUCUUCUUUCUUUUCUGCUCCAACGGCGGCUGCAGAGUCAUCUCCAACAGCAGCAGCAGCGGCUGGAGCUCCACCGCACGGCAUAGAGGCCAAUCUAGAACUUCCUUCGGUCAAUAGUUCUUCAACAGAUUUUCCUUGUAAACUUUUAAGGACUAUUUUAGCUUGUUUCUCGUCGACGUCGACACCAACGCUGCCAAUGAUGGUUUUUAAGUCAUCCAAAUUUAUAUCGCUUCUGUUGGCGAGCUUUGCCAAUAAAUAAGCUGCGACGUAUCUCAUUUCUGUAAAAGAAUAAAAUUUAAGGUGAAUGAACACGUGUCGGUUUAUUCCCGUAUUAUCGCCCUGGUCAAUUUUUUUGAGUGAGGAAUUCGUCGUCAAAUUCACGAAAAUUUUUGUAGAAAAAAGGUUACAAUUAUUUAAUGCAUAUUCUUUAACAAAAUGACCUUAAGAGUUUAUGUCUGAAGACGAUAAUAACAAGGAAAUUUGCAAUAGAAAACUCACUACACGACGACUCUCAACUUUCUUAUCGCUCGAUAAUCUUUCAUUUUUGUGAUAUCAC